UCAUUCAAAAAUUUUUGACGCUCCUGUCAAGACACUGUAGAGAAAACUUCGUGCAAGUUCCGAAAUUUUUCUUCAUUCGUAGCUGAAAUCCGGAAUAUUGAACCAAGCCUCAAGAGGAAAUAAUGGUUUUGUUCAAAGUAAAUCGAUUUCACACAAUUCGUAGUUUUGGGUCACUGUUCAAGAAGAGGUUCUCUACCAAUAUCGGCGAAAAUCGGGCAGAGAAAGGAUUAGUGCUGGGUCUGUACGAGCAGGAGAUCGAAACGGAUGAACCACGGCUUUCACCGGUGGCGGGACGUUUCGAUGCAAAAACCGAAGGGAACCUCCUAAAUUUGAUCAAGGAGUCCAACUUGAAGGGUAAAAUUGGGUCGGUAAAAGUUUUCAACAACAUUGAUCCGGAUUAUGGGUCGGUAGCCGUUGUUGGCCUCGGACUGGAAGGUUUGGGCUACAAUGAACUCGAACAGUUGGAUGAAGGCUUGGAAAAUAUUAGAAUCGCGUCUGGCGUUGGUGCAAUGUGUCUGGCUACGAACGGAUGCACGAGAAUAUGGGUCGAUCCUAUGCAGGGAGCCGAGCAAGCGGCGGAAGGUAGCGGUUUGGGAACCUGGAAGUAUCAAGCCAAUCGCAUGAAGGAGGAUCGCAAGCCAAUUCCGAAGCUGGAACUGUUUGAUUCUCCCGAAGGCGACGCGUGGACCCGGGGCCUGUUCAAGGCGGACGCACAAAAUCUCGCGAGGAGCCUAUCCGAUGCUCCGGGUAACCAAAUCACACCGACAUCCUUUGCUCAGGCUGCUGUUGAUGCGUUGUGCCCUUGCGGUGUAAGCACUGAGGUCCGAAACAUGGAUUGGAUCGAAUCGAAGAGCAUGACCAGCUUCUUGUCGGUGGCGAAGAGUUCAUGUGAACCACCAAUUUUCUUGGAGAUCAGUUACUGUGGAGAACAUGAUGCCGGAAGACCAGUGCUGAUCGUUGGUAAGGGCCUAACGUUCAACAGUGGUGGGCUCUGCCUGAAGGUAUCCGAAGGAAUGUCACAGUACCGGGCAAGUAUGGCGGGAGCUGCGUCCGUUAUUGCUACCAUCCGUGCCGCCGCUGCUCUUUCACUUCCAAUCAAUUUAGUCGGAUUGAUACCGUUGUGCGAAAACAUGCCCUCCGGGAUGGCAUUCAAACCUGGCGAUGUUAUAACAACUCUGAACGGAAAGACAGUUGCUAUUCACGAUACAAACAACGCAGGUCGUCUGAUCAUGGCAGAUACAUUUAUCUACGGACAAACCACUUUCAAGCCGAAGAUCGUUAUGGAUGUGGCAACGAUGACGGAAGGUGUAACUCAUGCUCUAGGCGGAGCAGCCAGCGGUGUGUUCGCCAAUUCUGAUUUCCUUUGGAAACAAAUGCAGAAGGCGGGUGCGAUCACAGGUGACCGUGUCUGGAGGAUGCCCCUUUGGAAAUACUAUACCCACAAAGUUACAAAUUACACCAACGUUGAUUUGAGCAACACCGGCCAGGGUAGAGGAAGCUCCUGUUUGGGUGCGGCCUUUUUGAAAGAGUUCGUCCCAUGUGUUGAUUGGAUUCAUCUGGACAUCACCGGUGUUGGUAUGCUCAAGAAAGGCGUGGGAAUACCGUAUCUCGCAGAUGAUCGGAUGACUGGACGACCCACACGGACAUUAAUUCAGUUCCUGUACCAGUUGGCGUGUCCAGAUGAACAGGUUAAAAGCCUUUCCAAGGAGUGCGCCAGUAGCGAAAAUUAGAUUUGAACAACUGGAUUGACCAUAAUUGUUAGUGAUUAUUUAUUUUGUUAUUGUUCGAUUUAAUAAAAUUUGAAAUACGUUGCUUAAAA